GCGCCAGUGUCCCAGCUUUCCAUCGAGUAGCAUGGCUUACUGAAGAAAAACAAAGAUUUUUUUGUGCUUUACAAAACAUUAAAAUAGGUAAAAGCUACCUUAUAAGCAAGAUACUUUAUAAGCUUUAUAAGCUAUCUACACUUAACGACAAAUACAAGUCUUAUGCAGGAUUUGAACGUUCGUUAGAAUGAUACAUGUAGAUGUGUAUGUGCUUGUUUUAUUUUUAGCAGUGCCACCAAGUUAGCAAACACAUCACGAUAAAGGGACUGAUUUGAAGGUGGGAAGUAAAACAAGUAGAUUUCUCGGUAAUCUUCGUUUAACAUAAGACGGGAUGCCAGUACACUCGAGAGAAAAGAAAGAAAGCAACCAUGAAGAAAUGGAGGUGGAUUUUGCAGAGCAAGAGGGAAGCAGCUCAGAAGAUGAAGACACAGAGAGCUCUUCUGUCUCUGAGGAUGGAGAAAGUUCAGAAAUGGACGAUGAAGACUGUGAAAGGAGAAGGAUGGAAUGCAUUGACGAGAUGACCAAUCUAGAAAAACAGUUCACUGACCUCAAAGACCAGUUAUAUAAAGAGAGACAGAAUCAAGUCGAAGCCAAACUCCAGGAAGUGAUGUCAGGAAAAGCAGCAGAGUACCUGGAACCUCUUGCUACCCUUCAGGAGAAUAUGCAGAUUAGAACUAAAGUUGCAGGUAUCUACAGAGAGUUGUGUUUGGAGUCAGUGAAGAAUAAAUAUGACUGUGAAACCCAAGCAGCGUUCCAGCACUGGGAGAGUGAGAAACUGCUAUUAUUUGACACGGUUCAGAGUGAAUUGGAGGAGAAGAUCAGACGUUUGGAGGAAGAUCGACAUAGUAUAGACAUUACCUCAGAGCUCUGGAAUGAUGAGUUACAAUCAAGAAAAAACAAGAAGAAAGAUCCCUUCAGUCCCGACAAAAAGAAAAAGCCUGUCGUUGUGUCAGGCCCAUAUAUAGUUUACAUGCUGCAAGACUUGGAUAUACUGGAAGACUGGACUGCUAUUAGAAAGGCCAUGGCAACAUUAGGACCUCACAGAGUAAAGACUGAUGCCUCUUCAAAGAGUGACAAACACCAACACAACGCCCGCUCAGAGGACGGACGCUUGUUUUACGAUGGCGAAUGGUACAGUCGCGGACAAGCCAUAACUAUCGACAAGAAAGACGAGUAUCCUACGAGCGCUGUAAUAACCACAAUCAAUCACGAUGAAGUCUGGUUUAAACGAGUCGAUGGGAGCAAAUCAAAACUUUACGUCUCGCAGCUUCAGAAAGGCAAAUACAGCGUAAAACAUGCCUGAUGUCUGAAAUGUUUAAUAGUGCCAUUUUAUGUACAGUAUAUCAUGAUUUAAAUACUUUUUGAUGUUUAAAAACAUACAUUGGUGUCAUAUUAUUUUAUUGUAUAUUCAGCAUUUUGUUUUUGAGAGAGAUUAUUACACCGAACAAGUUCAAAAGCGUGUUAUAAUUGCAGGAGGAAUGAUCAUUGGGCUCAUUUUCCUUGUAAAGUCUGCUCAGCGGUGCUUCAGUGUAAUUCUGAUGUGUAGUUCUUUUGUAAUGCCUUGUCUGGCUACCAAAUGGUUUCUUACUUUUUUACAUUUCUGCCUCAUCACUGUGUUCAGAUACAAAUUACAGUCAUGAUGUCCUUGAAAAGGUUUGUGCAACAUCCUGAAUGAUAUACAGAUAUAUGAAGUAUUUUUAGGAAUUAAUUAACAAGAUGUUAUCACAGAUUGUCAGAGUCUUAGGUUUUCAAAAAGCUGUCUAUUGUGCUCUGAGAAGAUGUGAUCUCGCUGCUCUGUUUACGGUCGUAAAUGUGGUCAAUUCUUUAUAUGAUUCAUUGUAAUGUGCAUUUCAGUUCUGCUCAUUGGUGUUGUAGCACCACCCUUUGGUUUUGUUGUCCUGUGCCUGUUCAUUGUUUUCUUGGUUUAUUCAUAUUUUUUAAAAUUCUGUACUUUUCAUUUUUUCCUCUGCAGUUUCUUAUGAAUUUAUGUUGAACAAACAUUCAAAUACAGCAUUAUAAUAUUA